CUCAUCCAAACAUCAUGAGUAUGUUUACAAUGCCAUUCCCUUUCAUAGCUGAAUCCAACUCAUCUUUCCUCUCUUUCAUUGGAGACUUUCUAAAUAUCCAAAUAUUAUUCAUGUCUAGUAACAUUAAUUCACUUUUACUAUGUUGUUCCUUAAUAGUAUCUAUAGUAACCUUUUACCUAAAGAAAUGCUCAAAAAAUAUAUAUCUAGUAGAUUUUGCAUGUUAUAAACCUUUUUCUACAAGCAUUUGUAGUAAGGAUUUAUUUAUAGAAACAUCAAGAUGUGGAGGACAUUUUAAAGAUGAAAGUAUAGAUUUUCAAAAGAAAAUUAUGAGUAGGUCUGGAUUUGGUGAUAAAACUUAUGUGCCAGAAUCUUUGUUGGAAAUUCCAGCAAAUAUUUGCACUUUUGAAGCAAGGAAAGAAACAGAAUCAGUGAUUUUUGGUGCUAUUGAUGAUCUUUUGUUGAAGACAAAAAUGAAGGUUGAUGAUAUUCAAAUUGUUAUAACAAAUUGUUGUAUUUUCAAUCCUACACCUUCUCUUAGUGCUAUGGUUGUUAACCAUUACAAAAUUAAGCAUCAAAUUUUAAGCUAUAAUUUAAGUGGUAUGGGUUGUAGUGCUGGACUCAUUGCCAUCGACCUUGCCAAACAACUCCUACAGGUACAUCCAAACUCCUAUGCCUUAGUUGUGAGCACAGAAAACAUCAACAGUGGAUGGUACCUAGGAAACAACAGAUCAAUGCUUGUUUCAAAUUGUCUCUUUCGUGUAGGUGGAGCAGCAAUUUUACUCUCAAACAUUUCCUCAGAUUCACACCGUUCAAAAUAUCACCUUAAACACAUUGUUCGUACACACAAAGGUUCACAAGAUAAUUGUUACAAUUCAAUUCUUCAACAAGAAGAUGAAACAAACAAAAUCACAGGAAUAUCACUUUCAAAAAACUUAAUGAAUGCAGCUGGUUUCGCGCUUAAAGCGAACAUAAUGACACUUGGAAAAUCAGUUUUACCUUUACUAGAACAACUUAAGUAUGUUUCAACUCUUUUAGCUAAAAAGUACUUUAACAACAAAAUGAAGAUUUAUACACCUGAUUUUAAGUCAUGUUUUGAGCAUUUUUGUAUUCAUACUGGUGGAAAAGCUGUUCAAGAUGAGAUACAAAAAGUGCUUGGAUUAAGUGAUUGGCAAAUUGAGCCUUCAAGAAUGACACUUUAUAGAUAUGGAAAUACUUCAAGUAGUUCUGUUUGGUAUGUUUUGGCUUAUUGUGAAGCUAAGGGAAGGAUUAGAAAAAGUGAUAGGAUUUGGCAAAUUGCAUUUGGGUCUGGAUUUAAGUGUAAUACUGCUGUUUGGUGUGCAUUAAGGAAUGUUGAUCCAAUUAAGGAGAUUAAUCCUUGGAGUGAUGAAGUUCAAGAUUUCCCUGUCAAUGUUUCAAAGUGAUUAAGUGGUGUUUCUAUAAUUAAACUUUUUUUUAAUAGGUAAAUGUUAGUGAUUGGUGGAGUAUUAAUAACAGUAUAUUAAUGAAUAAUGUGUUUUAGUAUGUACUAGAACUUUGACCCAUGCGGUGCAUGGAUCUAAUUAGCUGUAAUAUGUAACAAUAAAAAAUAAAAUACAAAAAUUCUAAGAGCAUUUUUAA